GAACUGCAAAGUAUGGCUUCAAUCGAUACCUCGUCUCUUGUCGACCUCAACCAGGAAUAUGAUUAUGUUAUUGUCGGCGGCGGCACAUCUGGCUUGGUUGUCGCCAGUCGCCUGACGGAAGACCCCACAUGGAGUGUUCUUGUACUUGAAGCAGGAAGCAACCGGGUUGAGGAUCCUCGAAUUGCAGCUCCGGGUCUGGCAGCAACCACUUACUUCGACCCUGAUUUUGACUGGUGUAUCACAAGUCAGCCUCAGAAAGGUCUUAAUGGACGAUGCAUUGCUGAGCCACGUGGCCGAACACUCGGGGGAUCUUCGGCCAUCAACCUUGGAAUGGCUAUGUACCCCAGUCAAAACGAUAUCAACAAUUGGGAGAAACUUGGCAACGAAGGCUGGAACUGGGACUCGGUCUCUCAAUACUUGAAAAAGUCGCAGGCAUUCACUCCUCCUUCAGCGGAGAUCAAAAAGGAACUUUCAUUGGAUUAUAUCGAUCCAUCUGUUCAAGGUGAAUCAGGCCCACUCCAGAUUUCUUUCGGGGAUGGACCCUUCCAUUCUUUCCUUGGAGCAUGGCCCAAAGUGUUCCAGAAUCUCAAUCACAAGGUUAGCGGAGACCCAAUGACGGGAGUAUGCAAGGGCGCAUACUGCAACCCAGGUACCAUCCACCCAACUACUAGGCACCGUAGCCAUGCUGGUGUCACAUACUAUAACACGGAGGUGGCCAAACGAUCGAACUUGAGGGUCGUCACGGAAGCUUUCGUGGAGAAGGUUGCUCUGGUGAAAAAAGGCGCAGAAGAUGCUCAGGCCACCGGUGUUCAUUUCACGGGUAAGGAUGGUGUCCAGCGAGUUAUCAACGCCAAGCGCGAAGUUAUUAUGGCUGCGGGUGCCAUCAAGACUCCCCAUCUGCUCGAGCUAUCUGGUGUUGGUGACGGUACCCUUCUUCGUUCGCACGAUAUUGAGCCUAUUGUCGAAAAUGCCAAUGUCGGAGAAAAUUUACAGGAACACGGCUUUGUUCCGUUCAGCUGGGAAGUCGCCGAAGGGCAGAUCACUAGUGAGGCUCUCCGAAAUCCCGAAUUCGCUAGUGCGGCCAUGGCGGCCUGGCAAGAAUCCGGAGCCGGGCCUCUUGGCCUCUGCCCCUUGGUGUCUUCAUACAUGACUCUCCCCGAGCUGAUGGAUGGUGAGCUACAAAAGGUGCUGGACGAAAACCUUCAAGACAAAGAUUUAUCGCCGGGAUUGAAGGCUCAGUACCAAGUACUGCGGCAGAUGGUUGAGGACCAAAAUGAGCCUACCGGUCAGUACACUUUGGCACCUUUCCAGAUCUUGCCCGAGAAGGGCCCAACCCCGAAAGGGAUUUUCGGCAUGACGGAGCCGGAAUGCUAUCUGAGUAUUGUCUCCGUACUUAACCGUCCUUUCUCUCGUGGGAAUGUCCAUCUUCUCUCCCCAGACCCCAAAGAAAACCCAGGUUUUGACCCAGGCUUUUUCUCGCACCCACUUGAUUUGGAGCUUCAUGCCCGCCACGUACAGUGGCUGGAGACACUUGCCUGGACCGAGCCCAUGGCUUCGCUAUUGAAGGUCGACGGUCGGCGCCUCCAGAAAUCAUCUGCUAACCUCACUCUUGAGGCCGCCCGUGAGAUAUCACGCGAGAGAAUCAUUGCCCACUAUCAUGUGGCCGGCUCCACUGCUAUGAUGCCUCGUGAAAUGGGUGGUGUUGUUGAUUCUCGACUGAAGGUUUACGGCACCGAGAAUCUGCGUAUUGUUGAUGCUGGCAUCUUCCCGUUGAUCCCUCGAGGCAAUAUUCAGGCUACAGUUUAUGCAGUUGCGGAGAAAGCUGCUGUCAUUAUUGCCGCUGAUGCAAAGUUCUGA